ACUCGCAAAGAACUCAACAAAAACAGCUGCUCUUACUGAAGGGAAACUGCGCAUUUCAAAUGGUUAUGAGCCUUAGAGUUUCUGAACUCCAAGUACUUUUGGGCUACGCCGGAAGGAACAAGCACGGGCGUAAACACGAACUUCUCACAAAAGCACUGCAUUUGUUAAAGGCUGGCUGCAGUCCUGCUGUACAAAUGAAAAUUAAAGAACUCUAUAGGCGGAGAUUUCCCCAGAAAAUUAUGACACCUGCGGACUUAUCUAUCCCCAAUGUACACUCAAGUCCCAUGCCAGCAACUUUAUCUCCGUCUACCAUUCCACAACUUACCUAUGAUGGUCACCCUGCAACAUCACCAUUACUUCCUGUUUCUCUUCUGGGACCUAAACAUGAACUGGAACUACCCCAUCUUACAUCUGCUCUUCACCCUGUCCAUCCGGAUAUAAAACUUCAGAAAUUACCAUUUUAUGAUUUGCUGGAUGAAUUGAUAAAACCCACCAGUCUAGCAUCAGACAACAGUCAGCGAUUUCGAGAAACCUGUUUUGCAUUUGCACUGACUCCACAACAAGUGCAACAAAUCAGUAGUUCCAUGGAUAUUUCUGGAACUAAAUGUGACUUCACAGUACAGGUCCAGCUAAGGUUUUGUUUAUCAGAAACCAGUUGUCCACAAGAAGAUCACUUCCCACCCAAUCUGUGUGUGAAAGUUAAUGGGAAACCUUGUAGCCUUCCAGGCUAUCUUCCACCUACCAAAAAUGGUGUGGAACCAAAGCGACCCAGCCGACCAAUUAAUAUCACCUCACUUGUCCGAUUGUCUACAACUGUACCAAACACCAUUGUUGUUUCCUGGACUGCAGAAAUUGGAAGAAACUAUUCUAUGGCAGUAUAUCUUGUAAAACAGUUGUCCUCUACGGUUCUCCUUCAGAGGUUACGAGCAAAGGGAAUAAGAAAUCCGGAUCAUUCUAGAGCUUUAAUUAAAGAGAAAUUGACUGCGGAUCCAGACAGUGAAAUAGCUACAACCAGUUUGAGAGUUUCUCUACUCUGUCCACUUGGUAAAAUGCGCCUAACUAUUCCAUGUCGGGCACUGACUUGUUCACACCUGCAAUGUUUCGAUGCAACUCUGUAUAUUCAAAUGAAUGAGAAAAAGCCAACUUGGGUUUGUCCUGUAUGUGAUAAGAAGGCUCCAUAUGAACACCUCAUUAUUGAUGGUUUGUUUAUGGAAAUCCUAAAGUACUGUACUGAUUGUGAUGAAAUACAAUUUAAGGAAGAUGGAUCUUGGGCUCCUAUGAGAUCAAAAAAGGAGGUCCAAGAAGUUUCUGCCUCUUAUAAUGGAGUUGAUGGAUGCUUGAGUUCCCCCUUGGACCACCAAGUAUCUUCUCACCAUCAGUCUUCAAACAAAAAUAAGAAAGUAGAAGUAAUUGACCUCACUAUAGACAGUUCAUCAGAUGAAGAAGAGGAAGAACCUUCUGCCAAGAGAACCUGCCCUUCUGUAUCUCCUGCAUCACCAAUAAAUAACAAAGGCAUUUUAAGUCUGCCUCAUCAAGCAUCUCCAGUGUCAAGAACCCCAAGCCUUCCUGCUGUGGACACAAGCUACAUUAACACAUCCCUCAUACAAGACUACAGGCACCCAUUCCACAUGACUCCCAUGCCUUAUGACUUGCAAGGUUUAGAUUUCUUUCCCUUCUUAUCAGGAGACAAUCAGCAUUACAACACCUCCCUUCUUGCUGCUGCCGCAGCAGCUGUCUCAGAUGACCAAGACCUCUUACACUCGUCUCGUUUUUUUCCAUAUGCCUCUUCGCAGAUGUUUCUUGAUCAGUUAAAUGCAGGAGGUAGCACUGCCCUUCCAACCACAAAUGGAAGCAGUAGUGGCAGUAACAGCAGUCUCGUUUCCUCUAACAGUCUUCGAGAAGGUCAUGGCCAUGCAGUUGCCAAUAGAAGCAGCACAGACACGGCAUCCAUCUUUGGCAUCAUACCGGACAUUAUCUCAUUGGACUGAUUUCCCCUCUCCCUUCCUCCUUCCCCCCCAGACUCAAUGAACUUGGCAGAAAGAAGAGAACUUUGUGCUCUGUUUUACUUUAUUCUGUUUAGAAACGUACACAAGUGUGUUUUUUUUCCUUUUUUUAGGGAAAAAAUUAAAAGAAAUGUACAGAGAACAAAACUAUAUUUUCAGUUUUACUUUUGUAUAUAAACCUAAGACUGCCUGUCUGGUAAAACACGCGAAAAAAAAAAAAAAAAAAAGAAAAAAACAGCCACCCACAAACCACCCGCAAUUCAUUUUACUGGAUUCUGAAGAUUUUGUUUUCAACAUUUACAUUUGUCCUGUGGUUUUAUUUUUGUAGUUUGGAUGUAAAAGACAUUAUUUUCUUUGCAG